AUGAAGACCGAACGCAGCCGCUCCUUGGGCAGGCAGGACACGCCCAGUCACAGCCGCCACCGCCAGUACCUCGAACAGCCUGCGCACAUCCCCAAGCUGAACAUGGUGUUCUCAGUCCUCCAGAACUUGAAGGCAGAGAUGAACCCCAAAGUCUGGGAGGCACACGUUGCAAAAGCACUUCCGAUCCUGGACCAACUUGAACCAAUCUGCAAACGGAUCGCUUUCUGUUCCAAGCUCAACCCGGAGAUCCAGGCCGCUGCAAGCCACUGGAUUAAACAGAUCGCGAACGCCCGAGAGCGUGCAACCCAAACAAACAACAUCAUCAUCGGCGUGUUUGGGAACACUGGCGAUGGAAAGUCGUCAACAAUCAACGCUCUACUGGGCGAGAGCGACUUGCUUCCAACCAACUGCAUGCGUGCCUGCACAGCUUCUAUCACCGAGAUUUCUUACAACAAUGACCCGGACAUUAGCUUUCCCUACCGAGCAGAGAUUGACUUCGUAUCUUCUGAUCAAUGGAUGCGCGAUAUCAAGAACUUUCUUGCAGAAGUUCAAGCCCAAGAUGGAGAGUUUGAUUGGGACGAGAAUGAGCCUGACAGCGAGGCAGCCAAAGCUGUCCUGCUAGCAAGUUCCGUGUUUGAUCUCAUUCGCCACCCGAAUGUUUACCCGUUUCUCGGCACUACCCAAACACUCAAGGCAAAAACUGCAGAAGAACUUCGGUCACUGAUUGAGCCUUACGUCGACUCCAGUGACAAGGAUGACGACGAGGCGGUCUCAUAUUGGCCUAUGGUCAAGGGGGUGAGAAUCUUUACAAAGGCCGAGGCACUCUCCAACGGUGUGAGAAUUGUGGAUUUGCCCGGGCUGCAAGACUCAGACGCAGCAAGAACUGCUAUUGCAAGCGAUUACAUGAAGGCGUGUACUGGUAUUUGGAUCGUGGCGCCCAUUCACCGAGCUGUCGACAACAAGACAGCUAAAGAUCUCAUGAGCGACUCCUUCAAGCGUCAGCUGGACCUAGAUCAGGCAUUCUCUUCAGUCACCUUCAUCUGCUCUAAGACAGAUGAGUUGACAGCCAACGAUGCAAUCAAGAAUCUCAAGCGGAAACUGGCGCCAAAAACCCACAAAGCUUGGGCUGAAGCUCGACAGUAUACCCAGCGCAUCAGGACGUUGGAGAAUGAAGUCAAGAAGCUUCGAAACAACAGAAUGAAGACUCCCCAGCGGCGAGACGACUCCAACGACUCCAACGAUGGCAGGGCUAACAAGAGAAUGAAGACCAACGACAGUGAUGCAAAGUCAAAAGAAUUGGAGGAGUGCAAACUCAGGAAAGACGACCUUCUCCACAUGGUCCAAGCGGACUGUAUUCAGCUGCGAAACCAAAUUUCGCGCGAGACAUUGAAAGACUACUUUUCUCGCGUUGUUUUGGAGACUCGACAGCAGCAACUUGCAGCUAGAACAAACGACAAUAGCAAGCAGCCCGAUGUUCUGGACAGCGAAGAGAUAUCCGACCAUCUUCCAGUCUUCUGCAUCAGUAGUCAUGCAUUCCAAGCAUUCGAAGGCCUUGAAGGGGCCAGCGAUUCGACCAUGGGCUUCACGGACGUGACUGAUACGGAAGUACCUCAGUUGCAACAACAUGCGCAGAAAUUGACGGAAGAGCUUCGGAUAGCCAAGAACAAGGAAGUGCUGACUGGCAUUUGCCGGCUACUCAACUCAGUUGCUCUCUGGACGCAAGACACGCUUGACUUUGCUGCUGCCUUAGACAUAAAGACGCUCAGCUCGAUUCUGACGACAUUCGAGCAGGACACGGUGGCGAUGACAGGACGGUGCGUCCAAAGCCUGCAGGGGAGCAUGGAGACACUCUUCAACAGGAUGGACACCUUCGCAACUGCGGCCAAUCUCAAAGCUGCCGAGACGGCAAAGAAGUGGUGCGCCGCACCCAAGAAAGGUGGUAUCUACCAUUCGACUCUCAAGGCAACCUUCGCUCGCAAUGGCACUUGGAGGGAUCUCAACUUCAACGAACAGCUACUUGAGGAAUUUCAGUCGCAAAUUCACGAUCCCUGGGUCGAGACCUUCCAGAUGGAUAUUCCGAAACAUUUUGAUGAGUUCCUUUUUGCGGUUCAGCCAAUGCUCGAGCAAUUCCAUCAAAGCGUCUUGAGUCAACUUGGAGGUGGCGAGGACGAUGAGCCUCAAGCUACUACGCAGCUGCGUGAACAGAUCAUUCUGCAUCAGCAGUCAUUGAGACGUCUCAUUGUUGAGUGCAAAAACGACUUCAAUAAAGCCCAGAAGCAGGCCAACCGAGAGCCGCAGCGCAUCGUCUUGACUCGCAUGACGCCUGGGUACGAGGAAUGCAAUUCGCAGUCAGGAAAAGGCGCAGUAAGCCGAAUGCAGAUGAAAAUCACGGAUCAUGUCGACGACUGCAAAGACGAGAUGUUUACCAGCGCCGCCGAGGAGCCUAAGGACGUUCUUUCAAAUGCCGAGAGAAUGGUCAGUGAGAAGCUCAAAACUGAAGUCGGAAAGAUCAUCCAGACUAUGCGCAGUGACUACACCUUGGCUCUUGCGAAGCGCGAAGAGUCGGCGCGUCGCGAGGAGGCCGCCUUCAAGGAGUCAAUGGUAAUCGUCCUGGAGCUGGCGCAGCCCUUGGUUAACUGA